AUCGUGCUGAAUUCGGCCCUCGCCUUCUCUCUCUCUCUCUUCGUCUCAUCCGCCGGUAACUUCGAAGAUGGUGAAGGCUCGCCAAGUUUCCUUCGCCUUCAAGAACAGUCGAUGCUUUUCGAAGUUGAGCAAGAGGCUCAAACGGAAGCGGAGAGGUUGUCUGCAUAGUGAACGCAGUCUGUGCAGCCAGGAGAUAAAUGUCAAGUUGACCAAGGGAGUCUGUGUUUAGUUCUCAAGUUCCUUUAGGUGAUUACUUACAUUGAGACUUGGAAAGGCUUCUUUUUCUUAUUGUUUAUUAUAGUUAAGAACCAAACUUAUAACCCAGAUGGAACCUUACCCUCCAUAGUGCGCACUAGACCAGUGAACGUUCAGACACUUGUGAAUUCCACACCAGUGCAGUGCAGUGUUGUUAAGAAGUGUUUUGUGAAAAAGAAAUUUUUCCCCCGUUAAUCAUUUUAGCCACUUGGGAAAUGAGUUGAGAAAAAGACUUCGUUAAAUGUUCCCCCCUGUACCUGUAAAUUGAAUGGAGGGGCGUAACGUGGUACCUCCCAGAGGUGGCCAGUCCAGGAGAGCGAGGCAACGUUUGAGAGGAAAUGGACGGCAUUUAGAAGAAACGUACCGUGUGGGUUCCGUCUUAGGAAAAGGUGGAUUUGGCACCGUGUAUUCUGGGUGGAGAGUCCGCGACGGUGCCCCCGUGGCCAUAAAACAAGUGGCCCGGGCAAAAAUUACAGCGUGGGAUAUGGUGGGUGGACGCCGUGCCCCACGGGAAGUGUCGUUGUUGCUCAGAGUGGCGCAUGUGCCGAAUGUGGUGAAGCUCAUGGACUGGAUCGAGAGAGAGGACUCUUACCUCCUGGUCUUCGAACGGCCGGAACCCUGUAAGGACCUCUUCGACUAUAUCACGGAGCACAAGGUCAUCCCCGAAACAGAGGCCAGGUCGCUCUUCAAGCAGGUGGUGGACAUCGUCCGCGACUGCCACGCCGCCGGCGUCAUCCACAGGGACAUCAAGGAUGAGAACCUCCUGGUGACCUACGACAACAAGGGCAGACCCAUCCUGAAGCUCAUAGACUUCGGGUCGGGCGCCCUGCUCUCGGAGAAGACCUACACGGACUUCGACGGCACGAGGGUCUACUCCCCCCCGGAGUGGAUUCGCCACAACCAGUACGAGGGCGUGCCGGCGACCGUGUGGUCGCUGGGCAUCCUGCUGUACGACCUGGUGUGCGGGGACAUCCCCUUCGAGCACGACGAGCAGAUCGUGGCGGCGCGCGUGCAGUUCCGAGCGGCGGUGACGGAGGAGUGUCAGCACCUGGUCAAGUGGUGUCUGAGGGUGAGGCCGAGCGAACGCCCUUCGCUCGACAGCAUCCUGACCCACCCGUGGCUCAACCCGCCGCCCCCGAGAACGAGGCAUCCGGACCAGCAGUCCCUCGAUAAGUGCUCCACCUCGUCUCAAGAAUCGCUUUGAUGGCGGCCUCCACUAGUGGUGCUGUAAGAAGCCGCUCUUCUUCAGCAGCAGCAGUUAGUGCAUUACUGCUGUGCGCCCUUCGCCCGACCGCCCCCCAUAUUCCUCCUCCUCCCACAUCACCGCCCCAUCAUCCCCUGCCCCGUAUUGGAACAGGCUCUCUCUCUCUCCCUGCCACCAGCCGAGGGACUGACUUCCAAGGGGAGAGAGCGAACGAGCCUUAAGUGUAGGGUUUCCGCUGGAGACGUCGUGGAAUUGUGAAUAUGACUGCAAUUGUUCCACCCCCCCCCCCACCCCCACACUGAAAAGAUGGGGCGUGUGUGUCUGACGGCGGCGGCGGAGGGCGUGUUCGGUGUGUGUGCGCGUGUGUGUGUUUGUGGCGCUGUAUUCAGUCUGCGGACGACGUCCGCCGGACGCUCUCGAUCUCAGAUUCGUGGGAUUCCGAAGUGAGGGGUUGGGGUGCCACCCCCACACCCCUCACCUGGGCGCCCCCCCCCUCCCGUGGUCUUGCACAACUAUUUAUUGCCUAUAACCUCGCCAAGAGGCUGCUCCUACUACUAGUAGUAGGCCUCCGUUCCUGACGUUCCAGUUCAGACCCGAAGAGAUCGGGGGCCGGGGGGGAUGAUGGGGGUGUCACUCACACUCCCUGCAGGAGAGGGGGGGGCAGUCAAGUCAGUGAGAAAAAGAAAAAAAGCCCUUGUGAGUUAAAAAAAGAGAGGGUAUCCUGGGCAUUAUUAUUAGGAUUCUGCUUUGAGCCCUCUCUCUCUCUCUCUCUCUCUCUCUCUCUUCUCUCUCUCUCUCUCUCUCUCUGUCGCAAUGCCAAAAAUAAAAAAAGUGGUCUGGGCUUCUUAGCUGCGAAGCUUUUGAACGUGGAAUGGGAUAAACCAAAGUUAAUUUAUCAGUCCAACAUUGUAAAAUAAAAUGAAAGUUUAAAAAAAAAAAUGUAAGAUUGUAAUUUAUUUUGGUGCUUCAACCGUCGUAAGAGUGUGUACAUAUUGUAAAUAGUCAUUUGCCCCAUUGUACAGUUCUAUUCAUAAGAAAUUGCUCAAGUGUGUAAGUUAUGUAUGAUAACAAAAAAUUUAAUUUGAACCUUCAAAAAUUAAAAAAAAAAAAAAAUACGUCAGUUUUAUUCAAGUUUAAAGAUGUGAAGAGAUAUAGACUGUAGUUAUUAUUUGAUGUGAAGUGGGCGGCAAUCAUCUUGGAUCAUCUCCCUUCAUAUUAUAAAAAAAAGAAAGUGGUAACCCAAAGAUAUAUAGAAGUGGAUUAAUUCAUUUUCUGUCUCUCUCUGUCUUUCUCUCCCUUUCUCUUCUCCCGGAAGUUUAGUGGUAGCGUUUGGUGCUCUUUUGGAUAUUCAAGUUACAAAAAAAUA